AUGGCGACCGGCAAUGCGUGGAAUCAACUCUUGGAGUUGAUCCAACUGCCUAUGCCGGCCAGGAAUGACGCCAACAGAUUGCGACCGAUCAUGUUGCUUCUCCCGAUCGCAGGCUUAGCGCGUCUGUUCCACUGGAGUGCAGCAAUUGUGCUGGUUGUCAACCUGGUUGCAAUUAUCUUCCUUUCGGAUGUCAUUUCAUCCACGUCAGAUGAGCUUGCGGACUCUUUGGGCCAUUUGCAAGGUGCACUUAUAGGUGCGACACUUGGCAAUACCGUCGAGUUAACCAUAUUCGGGUUCUGCAUUGUGACAGCGUCUUAUAACAAGCAUGUUCUUGAGUUCAACGCUCAUCUGGCUAAGACCCUGUCGUCCUUGAUGAUGAUCACGGCUGUCACAAUGUUACUGCCAACUGCGCUCUACUCAACCUUUCCCGUUUCGCAAAUUGAUAAAAGCGUCCUGGCCUUUUCUCGUGGCACCUCAUUCGUCUUAUUUCUCCUCUACGGAGGAUAUCUCUACUUUCAUAUGAAAAGUCACAAGCACCUUUUCCUAUCAGAGGGAGAAGAAGAGCAAGAUGAGACCCAUCUCUAUGAAUUGAGAGGUUCUGAAAGCACCAAGACACCAUCCGAACAGUCUGACACAUCCAAAAUCUUUGCCCCAUCCAUGCGACUAGCCGCUGCAGUAGCCGCGACAAUAUUCUGCACAGAGCUGAUUAUUGAGGGAAUAGACGAUAUGGUGGACACAUUUGGCUUCAGCCGGAUGUUCAUUGCGGUUAUCCUGAUACCGAUCGCAAGUAACAGCACAGAGGGCACGACGGUUAUAGCUUCGGCUCGAAGUGGUGACACUGAUUCUGCAAUUCGGGUAAUCGUGGACAGUCUCCUCCAGAUAGGUCUUUUCGUGAUUCCUUUUCUUGUUCUCAUAGGCUGGUGCAUAGGGGAGCCUAUGUCGCUUUAUUUUGAUCCUUUCCAGUCCGGUAUGAUGUUUCUGGCUGUCCUGGUUGUCAACCAUAUGCUUCGGGAUGGGCAAUAUGCGUACAUUCAUGGGGCGAUGUUGGUUGCGCUAUAUGGCAGCUUGAUAGCGGCCUUCUACGCGCGGUAG